UUGGCACAUAAAGCAGUUGCCUAGAAACAAAGCUAAACAAUUCCAUUGGCAGAGUCCCUGCGUGCUCAAAGCAAAAGCCACCAGAGAACAGGCCCUGGGAGAUGAAGAUACCUGAGUUGACCCACUAGUGGUGGAGAUUGGAGAGAGAGAGAGUGAACAGUGUCAGUCCCGGCUUUCUUCAGUUUUCUCAGGCUCUGAGGAAGAUAGAGCUGUUGCUGGCCUGCCUUCCAGAAACAUGGCCAAGGGAAAGAAGAAAAAGAGUAGCAGUGAACCCAAAGGUAAGAAGAUCACCCUGGCCAUGGCCACGAACUGCCUGAAGAUGACGGUGGACGGCAAGCGGCGCCUAGACCUGAGCAACCAGGGCCUGGCCAGCGUGCCCCGGAGCCUGUUGGGCCUCUGUGAUGUGGAGGAGCUGGACCUCAGCCGCAACCUGCUCACCAAGCUCCCGGAUUUCAUUGACAAGUUCCUCAACCUGCGCUUCCUCGACUUGCACAGUAACUAUCUGGAACAAAUCCCCCCCUCGAUCGGGCGGCUGCAGAACCUGCUGACCCUGAACCUGUCCAACAACCGUCUGACCAGUGGCUCCCUGCCCAGCGAGCUGGGCCUGCUGGCCAAGCUCCACAAGCUCAACCUGGGCCUCAACCGGCUGGACAGCGUUCCCCGGUGCCUGGCCGCCCUCAAAGAGCUGCGCGACGUGGGCCUCUUCGACAACCGGCUCACCGCCUACCCGGACUGCCUGCGGCCGCUCAAGAAACUGGAGAAGGUGAACCUGGACUCCAAUCCGUUCCCCCCCGAGGUGGACGACCUGGACCCCAUCCGGAGGCAGGAGGCGCUGUACCUGGUGGACGCAGAGGCCUGCCUGUGCGGCGGCUGCCUGGACAAGUGCCGGUCGCAGAGGAGGAAGGUGGAGGGGCGGGCCGAGCUGGAGAUCAAGGUGAAGCCCCGGCGGAUGUUCGCAGGCUUGUUGACGCCCAACUCGGUGGCCCAGGUGGACCAGGAGACGUGGAGAUGAAACGGGCGGGGACAGAUGGGUUGGAGUGGUGCUACGAUCCACAAUGUUGGAUUGUAAUAUUUCCUUGCUUAUUUCAUUUAUUCAUUCGAAAUAUAUAUUUUUUAAAUGAAAUAAAAGCAUUGGUUUUGGAUGAAAUGCUCCAACG